GUACACACACACACGCACACAACCAUCCAAGAAAAUAUGAAACGGAUCCGGACUUCCAUUUCUUCUAAUUUAACAUUCUUUGCACUUCUCAUUUGUGUGUGUUCUGUGAAAGGUGACUACUGUGAGGUGAAUCUUUGCGAUAAUGGGGGAACAUGUGUGAUGGGGAUAGGGGAGGAUCCCUUCAUCUGUAUUUGUGCCGAUGGCUUCGGUGGAGACACUUGCAACCUGACAGAGACCGGACCUUGCAGUCCAAACCCCUGUGGGAACGACGGCUUAUGCGAGGUCGUUACUCCGACCAGACGGGGAGACGUUUUCAAUGAGUACAUCUGCAAGUGCCAGCCGGGCUUUGAGGGCGUGCACUGUCAGAUCAAUGUGAAUGACUGUGUUAACCAGCCCUGCAAGAAUGGAGGGAUAUGCAGGGAUCUCGAUGGAGACUUCACCUGUCACUGCCCUUCACCCUAUGUUGGAAAGCAGUGCCAGCUACGUUGUAUUUCUCUGCUGGGGAUGGAGGGAGGGGGAAUCCUGGAGUCCCAGAUUGCAUCUUCCUCUGUGCAUUAUGGCAUUCUGGGUCUUCAGCGUUGGGGCCCAGAAUUGGCUCGGCUCAACAACCAAGGCAUAGUCAAUGCCUGGACCUCUGCUGCCCAUGACAGGAACCCCUGGAUUGAAGUCAAUAUGCAGAAAAAGAUGCGCCUGACAGGCAUCAUCACCCAGGGGGCUAGUCGCAUGGGCGCAGCUGAGUACAUUAAAGCCUUCAAAGUGGCAACCAGCUUUGAUGGAAAGACCUACAGCAUCUACAGAGUGGAUGGCCAGAGGAAGGACAAGGUCUUUGUGGGCAAUACAGACAAUGAUGGCACGAAGACCAACAUGUUUGACCCUCCUAUCAUCGGCCAGUACGUCCGCAUCAUUCCUGUGGUGUGCCGCAAGGCCUGCACUCUGCGGAUGGAGCUGGUGGGCUGUGAACUUAAUGUUUAUUCAAACACGGCAGGUUGUUCUGAGCCAACGGGAAUGAAGUCCCGCCUCAUCUCUGAUGGGCAGCUGUCAGCCUCCAGCUCUUUCCGCACAUGGGGCAUUGAUACCUUCACAUGGCACCCUCAAUAUGCACGACUGGAUAAGCAGGGAAAGACCAAUGCCUGGUCCGCGGCCACCAACAACCGCUCAGAGUGGAUCCAGGUGGAUCUAGAGAAGACCAAGCGCCUUACAGGCAUUAUCACCCAGGGGGCCAAGGACUUCGGGGUGGUGCAGUUUGUGUCAAUGUUUAAAGUGGCUUUCAGUGACGAUGGGCAGUCUUGGACCACAGUGAAAGAAGAGAGCUCUGGAAAAGAUAAGAUAUUCCAAGGAAACAUUGACAACAACACUCAUAAGAAGAAUGUGUUUGAGCCAUCAUUCUACGCCAGAUACGUCCGUGUUGUGCCAUGGGAAUGGCAUGAACGCAUCACCCUACGCAUGGAGUUGUUGGGAUGCGAUGACUAGAUCUGUCAGUCCCAGAUCACAAUACUCCGCCCUGAUUUAACCUACUACUCUUUUUUUUUAACCACACCUGAGACUGCAUUUGGGGCUAAAGCCGCCUUUGACUCUUCUCUGACACCAGGACAGAGAAAGUUAGAUGUAUAGAAUACACCUCGCAGUGGGACGGUGGAUGUUUCAUUCUCUUGUCUGUACAUUUCUCUAUGCAAUUAUGGAUUAGGCUUAUUUUUGAUGGAUAGCUGAGACUACAAGGUUUACAAACCUCUUUAGCAGCACUAUUAGGUUUUGUUUUGUUUUCGUUUUUUUUAAUUGACAAUGCUUUGACUGUUGACAUUGCAUUUUGGAUUUGCUUACUGAGAGCCCUCUACUGAGUGUUCAUAUUUGCUUACUGAGAGCCCUCUAUUGAGUGUUCAUGCUUUGAACUCCGUUAGCUUUGGAUCUUUACAAGUGGUUUUGCCAUAUACGCAUAUUACCAUGUGAUUUAGUUCAUUUAGCUCCGUCCAUGAAUCGAUGCUGAUUUGUGGCUCUCCCAAAGUUUGCAAUGUGUUAUUGUCGCUGUACUAAGAGUCAAAGAAGGUUGAAUCAGUUCAU